UCAUCUCUAAAGGGUUACAUCUAACUGACAGUGCUGUAGCUAAAUUUAAGGAGGAGAUUCCAUCAGUGUUUAAUUCAAUGUCUGAAUAUAUCAGAGUCCUAUAAUAACUUUAGUCCCUCCCAAAUUGAUAAUCUUGUUAAUAGUGCUGCAGGCUCACUGCGAACAAGAUUAGAUUCUAUCGCCCCUAUAAAAAGGAAAAGAGUCUGAGUUUAACAUCAGAAAAUUGCAGCUCAUCCAGGUUUUUAUGUCCUUAAGACAUGUAUGUAAUGUAGAUAAUAGGGGAUUUCCAAUGAUGCACUGAGCUCCUCUCUUCCUGCACACAUUCAUGUCCCAUUAAUGCAUGUUACUAACUUAAUAAUAAUAAUACAUUUUAUUCAAAAAAGCGCUUUUCUGAAUACUCAAAGACACUGUACAAUAUAAUAUAAGAAGAAUACAAGAACAUCAAUCAGUAAAACAAUAUACAACAAUAAUUACAUACGUUAAAAACACAUGAGACUGAGCUUCACUUCUUCCCCGGAGUUCUUGUGCUUUCUCGUCUCGCAGGUUCUCAUGGAUCCUGGUGGAGCCUCCUGCCAUGGUCCUGCUUUACUCUCAUUUCUAAUAUCACUGAUAAUAUUGUUAUUAUUACUAUUACUAUUAUUAUUACUACAGAUACUAUUAUUACUAUAAUCACUGCUCAUUGUCCUCCAUCGAUGUGGCUGUUGUUGUCGUCAUCAUCUCACUGUAUUUACAUCUGUAUAUUUUUAAGAUCAUAACUGCACACUAUGUAAUACAGUGUGUGUGUGUGUGUGUGUGUGUGUGUGUGUGUGUGUGUGUGUGUGUGUGUGUUACUGUGUGUGUUUAAGACACAUGAAGUAACAAGUGACUCACAAAUAUUUAUGUGGUAACUAGAGUUUAAAUAGGCUAUUUACGAUGGAAAUUAUACAUAUUCUCCUAAAAUCACAAUGACAGAGUUCGUAUCAAUUGUAAAUCUCUCUUUUUACUCAGCUGUCACACUGAAACUGGCCUCCAGCAAAGACAGUAAAAUCAAGUCUUUUAUGUGGUCCUUAAAUGCAACAACAACUACCAUGCACUACAAUGAAGCUACUAGACUACUUCCAAAAUUCAAAACACAAAAUGAGAACCUGUUAUCUUGUCUGAUGGUACAGAAGCCUUGCAUUGAUACAUUUUAUUUCCUCUGUUUUCCCGUGAUAACGAGAUCAUUUUCUCGAGAUCUCGAGAUAACGAAACUUUGUUUUCCUGAGAUAACAACAUAAUUAAUUCGAGAUCUCGAGAUAAUGACUGUGAUAUGAUAACUGUGGUCAAACCAGCCAUUACUCCGAUCCCCGUGCUCAAAUCAGCCGCACUUAAAUUUACAGCGUAUUCCAAUUUGGAGAAAUUCAACAAUAAAAUUCCACAUUUGUACCUGCUUUUAAUGUACCUCAAAUAUGAGAAAAGAUGCCACUUGGAGGUACAAAUAUGGAACUUUUGUUUUGGCAUUUCUCCACAUUGGUGCAGUAAAAAUGCUUGAUAUUAAGUAUGUUUUUUAUUCAUCAUGGGCACAUGAAACACUUUAAUGUAACAUAUUUUAUUUUAAAUGUAGGUUCGAAUUAUUGCUUAUAUGCUUACUGUUCUUAAUACCUUAUAUCUUAAUACAAAACAAAGUUUUGUUAUCUCGAGAUCUCGAGAAAAUUAUCUUGUUAUCACAGGAAAACAGGAAAUAAAAUGUAUGAAUGCAUGGCCCUUUAGGGCUUCCGUAUGAUGGAAACAGUUUGUAUGAAUCACUAAUAUUUGUAGAGAUGAGAAUAAAACUGGCCUAUAUUUCAAAAUACAGACACACACAUAAUCAAAAGUUCAGAAUCACCACAAAAGCUUUAUUCAGUACAGUCAGGUGGCUGGGAGCACUACUCUACAUUUUGAAAAAAGUUAUGUUCUGUACAAGCAGACUGAUAACUAAAAGGACAGAGACAAAGACACUGAGCAACAGUUAUUGGUCAAAGAAAUUGGAAGCCUAGCAUUAGCACUGUUUUAGUUUAGCAAUGAUAUAGGGUCGAUUGCACUUUUCUGGGCUGGAAAACAAAUUCAAAAUCAAUUUGGGGGAAGAAAUGGUUACAACAGUAUUCUCACCAGUCAUGCAACACUGUAGGGAGAUAGACUAAAUUAAAGCUUUAAUCAUUUAAUUAUUCUUUUCGCAUUCGAUUUCAAAUGUAAACGAUACAUUUCGUGCCUGAAUUGUACUGUUUUUAAUCUAUGGCAAAACAGCCCUUAUUGAAGGAAAGAUGAAAAACAUCAAUAUAACAGGUGAUUCCAGACUUUUGAACGCUGCUGUACAUUUUUUGUUACAAACAUUGCUGACUGGGUUUCAGUGCUGUUUAUUAUACUGUGCAUUUUUUCCUGCUCUUGAGUAAUGAGGUGCUUGGAAUAAUUAUAAUUACCUUUGCAAGUUAAGACACUACACCCCACUGAUAUACCUUUAAUAGGGUAGUGCUCAUUAAUGUAUCGUUCAUCCAUAUUAUUCUUAAUUAGAAGACUGCAUGUUAUCUCUGGAGAUCAAUGAAGAGGGUAUAUUUUCCGCUGUACACAGGUCUGACAUGCAGACAUUCACUGGCUGCUAUUGGCAUCUGCAUCAUAUGGAGUCACAGUGUGUAAAACAAUCAACAACCAGAACAGACUAGAGAGAUUUUGUGCACAGUGGACCAGAGGCCGAGGCACGCAGCCUGUGGAGUUCAACUAUGUCUUUACUCAGGACUGUUAUAAACAACUCUGAUAUCAUUCAUCCUCCAGGCUUCUAUAUCAUCGGAUUUGAGACAUUUCCCUACAUCAGUAUCUACAUCAUCUUCCUAGCGUUUGUCUAUGUGGUUACACUAGUGUUUAAUAUUUUGUUGAUCUACAUAAUUUCCCGUGACCACAGUUUACACACUCCAAAAUGUAUGGCUGUGGUCAACCUUGCAGUAAUUGAUCUUAUCUUAAACACUAGCACUAUACCCAGCAUGAUUAAGACAUUCCUCUUCAAGGAUAACUUUGUUCCAUUCAACCUAUGUCUGUUACAAAUGUAUGUCUACUACACUGUCAUAUCUCUGGAGUCAUACGCACUUGCUUUACUUGCCUAUGACCGGUUGAUUGCAAUAUGUUUCCCUCUACGCCAGAACUUAUUCAACACACUGCCGAUCAUGUCUUGUCUUGUCGGAGUGACUUGGGUUUACAAUCUGGGAAGAGUGUCUUAUAGCACAGCGAUCAUGACUCAACUGUCUUUUUGCAAUUCUGUCAGAGUGUUCAGCUAUUUCUGUGACUAUGCUCCUGUGUUUAGACUCGCCUGUAAUGAUUACACAUUGCAGUGGUCCGUGGCUUCAACUUCUAGUAUGGUGAAUCUGAUGGGCCCCUUUACUUUCAUUCUUCUGUCAUACGCCAGCAUCCUGGUGACUGUGUUCAGGAUGAAAUCAGUAAGCAGUAGAGUCAAAGCUCUCGCUACUUGCAUUGAGCACUUAGUCCUUGUUGCUGUAUUUUACAUUCCUUUAUUUACAAUUUUCUUAAUUGGGCUUUAUGUGCGAUCCAUUGACCCAGACCAGCGUGUGCUGAGUCUGUCUCUGGCCUCUUGCCUCCCACCCUGCAUCAAUCCUAUUGUAUAUUCUUUGAAAACUAAAGAGAUUAAAACCAGAACUCUAGCACUGGUCCACAGAAUGAAAACAAGCUCUUGACAAACUUCUCUUCUAUACAAAAUCAAUCUGUAGAAAGUGUGUGUGUGUAGUGAGACAAAAGAGGCCUUUUUUAUUUUUAUUUAUCAUCAUUUAAAAGCAGCCAUGUUUGCACAAAUGUGUCAUAUUAUUUAUUAUUCAUUAUUAAAUAGUAUGCUUUUGUUAAUAUUUAUUUUAUUUGAUGUUCUGCCACUAUUUAAACACUGACCAAAUUCAACAAGUGAAUAAAAUGCAUGCCCCUAUUCUUAUGUAAUCAUACACUGCUGACUUAUUUAUACAUAAAAUAUACUUGGUUGUAUUUUAAUGUAAUUGUAUGAUAUUUGUACAUUUGACUGCUCUGUCCCUUAUCUGUCACACAAAACACUCCUUUAUAAAACACUCCAUGAUUUUGUUUUACUGUAUCAAAGUGAAAUAAAAUAAUAAAUAAAAUAAAUUGUCUGAUAAAAAAUAAAA